AUGGAGCUGGGUUCACCACGUAUGUCAAGGACAAAGAUCAUGUUCUGCACGGUUUCCAAGGCUUCAAAAUGUCGCUGCCAACAGUGUCCAAGUUGUAUAGUACAUUAUCUUGUUGUAACUGUACUGUUAACUCCACGUGUUCAUGACACUAGCUGUUUUGUUCACAGAGAAUGUUAUACAUGACUGAUAGCAUUGCCAUUGUUUUGAAGAGAGAGAGAGAGAGAGAGAGAGAGUGAGAGUGGGAGAGAUGGCUAAUCACAAUUUGGUUAUAGAUGCAUGGAUUAAAGAAGCUGAAGAGGCUCUAAAGCUGGUGGAAGGUUUAGAGAACACAAUCAAGAACAGGAACCCAGAGCAUUUCAGCCUCAGACGCACUGCAAAAUCAAAGCUUUUGGAGCUUGGUGUGAAGCUUGAUCGCUUAGAAUCACUGCUUCACAACCCACCCUCCAAACCCAACUUAACUGAUGAAGAAUUGAAAUUCCGAUGGAAAAUGCUAUCAGAUAUUCAGCUAAGAACAAGAGAAGUGGCUCUUAGUCUCUAUGCGUUUCCCUCCCCAAACAGGUCAGGAGGCUUACCUGCUGCAGAUGCAGAUGCCAAAGAAAACAGCACAGCAAUCAAGAGUUGUUGCCAAGAUCAAAUGAAAGUUUCUUCCUCUGAAGAAGAUUCAGAGCUUCUGGAACCACUUUUUUCAGAUGAUGCAACCCAAAGCCAUUCACAGUUUGGUUCUUAUAGACCAAUGAGUCUGCUUUGGAAGGCUUGCUGGACAAUCAUGGUUUUUUUGCUAGUGGCUGCACUGCUGUUCAUCUUUGUUCUCCUCCGUGCAGUUUUAUUAUCUAUGUAGUCAGCCUAAUGUUUUGGUGUUGGGUGGAUUUUUCCAUAAUUUUGAAGCAGCAUAUAUUUAUUGUUUUUUUCUUUUUCUUUUUGGGGGUUAAAAAGGUGAAGUCAUUAGCAAUUUAUUAAUUAUAUAUUUGUUCAAAUUUUGGCAUUGUGUAACAGCCAAAGCCUCUUUUGAAGCAUCAAAUGUAUGGUUAAAAUUACAUAAGCAAUAUAGGUCAGAGAGUUGUAUGGGAUUGAUUGUUACUUACAUUCCAUUUGUUUUAGUGGAAAAUGUUUUUAUGAGGAAAAUUGUUUUUAGUGUUUGGUUACUAUCCAAAAAAUAAUCCCGAUAUGCGAUAACAUUUUAUGCUGUUUAGCAUUUUGGCUUACACGAAGAAGUCAUUAAUAUUUCAUGUAGGCACAGUAGCUAUAGAGAUGAUGGUGGUGGUGGUGGCGGCGAUGGCGUAGCAGUGGCGGUGGUGGUGGUGUUGGGUUGGUGUUAGUGGCACUAUGGGGAUUGGGGAGAAAGGAUAGGCUGUGAAGCCUAAUUUGUAAAGUGGAAUAAAUUAGGCAAUGAAACCCAUUGCGUGAAGUAAUUGGGCUCGCUAGGAGGCCCAUUUUGAGUUUUAACGGGAAGUGUAGAAGGUGGGCUUGUUAGGUGGCCCAUUGUAUAUGAUGAAGAUGAG